AUAAGGGAUGGAUGAGGGCAGCGAUGAUAUGCAACAUUUCUCGAAUUCGCUGCGUAAUCAUUAUUACGAAGCGAACACCAAAAAAACUCCUCGCAUAUGGUAUAUGUUCGUUCAGUCGAUUCGAUUUCGGUCCAACGUUGACCGUGCUAUGAUUAACAUCAAUUGAACCUGGUGAUCGCUGUGUAUUUUUAGAGUGAUACGAAAUGCUAGGCGGCAAAAAUAAUGUUGCCUCGGUGGCACUCCUAUGCCUGGUGUUUGCGAUAGGGCACAACAGUGUGGUGGUGGAAUCAGCUAAAAUUCUUGGCAUCUUUCCUACUAGCUCCAAAUCGCACUGGAUUCUUGGUUCUGCACUCAUGAAAGAGUUGGCACAAGAUGGGCACGAGGUGACAAUGAUGAGCCCGUUUCCGCUUAAAAAUGCUCCCAAGACGUACCGCGAUGUAAAGAUUGAUUACAAAACAGGAUUGUUUGAAGCUGCAAUGGACAAAGUCUUUGAUAACAUCGAUAACAGUAUUGUGCAGAAAAUGACAAAGCUUGGAAAUUUCGCAAAUGCAAUCACCAACACUACGCUCUCAUCACCGGAAGUUCAAGCCUUGCUGCAAUCGGACGAAACGUUCGAUCUUGUAAUCCUAGAAAUAUUCCUAGAUGAUGCGUUGCUUGGCUUUGCCGAUCGGUUCAACUGUCCAGUUGUCGGCAUGUCACCGUUCGGUGCAUCUCCGUGGGUAAAUUCGCUCACCGGUUCCCCGCAGCCCUUAUCGUACGUGCCGCAUCCGAUGUUAAGCUUUACUGAUAAGAUGAACUUCUGGCAACGGCUCGGUAACGUACUAUUUUCUGCGUUUGAUGGAACCAUAAUCAGCGCUAUGAGCAAUCCGAUACAUCAGAAGCAUUAUGACCACUACUUUCCCAACGCCACUCGCUCACUGGAUGAGAUGCGCCGCCACGGUGUCUCGCUCGUGUUGAUCAACAGUCAUUUCAGCUUGAGCUUCCCCCGACCAUAUCUGCCAAACCUGAUUGAGAUUGGUGGGUUCCAUGUCAACCGUAAAGUAAACCCUCUUCCUGAGGACAUCAAAUCCUUUAUCGAACAAUCAGAACACGGUGUUAUCUACUUUUCGAUGGGAUCUAACCUUAAACCAUCCAAAAUGGACAAGCAAAAGCGAAACGACGUCAUUAAGGUGCUCUCAAGUCUUAAACAAAACAUCAUCUGGAAAUGGGACGACGAUACACUUGUGGUCGAUAAGAAGAAAUUCUUGAUCGGAAAAUGGUUCCCUCAGGACGAUAUCCUGGCACACCCGAACGUCAAGCUGUUCAUUACACACGGUGGUCUGCUGAGUUGCACCGAAUCGAUCUAUCACGGUGUGCCGAUCGUGGGCAUUCCGAUUUUCGGCGAUCAACUGCUGAACAUGGCACGAGCGGAACAAUCGGGCUGGGGUAUCGGAGUUACCUAUAACGAGCUCAACGAACAAACAUUCAGCAAAGCGAUCACCACCGUUCUCGGUGACCCAAGCUAUGCCGCAAACUUGAAGACUAUCUCUCGUCGAAUGAGAGAUCAACCCCUGGCGCCAAUGGAUACAGCUAAAUUUUGGGUUGAAUACGUCAUCAGGCACGAUGGCGCAAAGCAUCUCAUAUCUUCUGCGCAAGACCUUAACUUCGUUCAUUACAACAAUUUGGACGUCUACUUGUUUAUUGGAGCAGUAUUUCUGACUAUCUUAUUCGUCAUUAGGUCGGGAUUAAGAAAGUUGUAUAGAACACUUUGCAAAAGGAAUCGGAACACGCCAACUGUGAAAAAGACUAAUUAAUUUUAGCAAAAUUAUUAUAACUGGCUAUUUGUACAGUAACAUUUCAAAAAUGAGCAGUAAAAACUUAAUAGAAAAAUUCAAUUCCGCAUUUAAAAAAAUGCCAAUAAACAAAGGAUACACGUGUAAA